AUGAUGAAGGCUGUGAUGUCGCUGGUGGGAAGCCAAGGCAUUGUCUCAGCCACCGAGGUCCUCCUUGCAGCUGCUGUCUUCUGCCUGGUCUUCCUGCUCAUCCAGUCCCUCCAGCAGCACGUGCCCCAGGGGCUGAAGAGGCCCCCAGGACCCAGAGGCUACCCCAUCCUUGGCAAUGUGCUGGAGCUGAGGAAGGAUACGCACCUGGCCCUGACCAGGCUGAGCCAGAAGUACGGGGACGUGAUGGAGGUCAGGAUCGGCACCCGGCCCAUCCUGGUGCUGAGUGGGCUGGACACCAUCAAGCAAGCCUUGGUGAAGCAAGGAGAAGAGUUCAUGGGGCGUCCCAACCUCCUCAGCUUCCAAUAUAUUUCAAAUGGGCAGAGCCUGGCCUUCAGCCCUGACUCUGGGGAGGUGUGGAGAGCCCGCAGAAAGCUGGCCCAGAAUGCCCUGAAGACCUUCUCCAUCGCCCCCAGCCCCACCUCUGUUUCCACCUGCCUCCUGGAGGAGCACGUUUCCAAGGAGGCUGACUACCUGGUCACCAAGCUCCUUCAGGUGAUGGAGAAGGAGAAGAGCUUUGAGCUUCGCCAGUACCUGGUGGUCUCUGUGGCCAACGUCAUCUGUGCCAUCUGCUUUGGCAAGCGUUAUGACCACAGUGACCAAGAGCUGCUCAGUAUAGUGAAUGUAACUGAGCAGUUUAAUGACAUGGGUUCUUCUGGCAACCUUGCUGACUUCAUUCCCCUGCUCCAGUAUCUUCCCAAUCACUCCAUGACUUUAUUUAAAGAUUUCAACAAACAAUUCCUCCAUUUCCUGCAGAACAUUGUCAAAGAGCACUACAAGACCUAUGAGGAGAAUAACAUCUGAGAUGUCACUGAUGCCUUCAUUGAGCAGUGCCUGGAGAAAAAAAUGGAAGCAAAUACUGCCACACAGAUCCCUAAGGAGAAGAUUGUCAACCUUGUAAAUGACCUCUUUGGAGCAGGUUUUGACAAUGUGACAACUGGCCUGUCCUGGAGCCUCAUGUAUCUUGUCACAUACCCUGAGAUCCAGAAGAAGAUCCAGAAAGAACUAGGGCUGACCCCAACCCGACCACAUGUGGUCCAGACCAUCGGCUGGGAGAGGAGAUCGAGGCUGUCUGACCGGGGUGCACUGCCCUACACAGAAACCUUUAUCCUGGAGGUGUUCAGGCACUCCUCCUUCCUGCCCUUCACCAUUCCACACAGCAAAACCAGGGAUAUAGUGCUGAAUGGCUACUACAUCCCAAAGAACCGUUGCAUGUUUGUCAAUCAGUGGCAAGUGAAUCAUGAUGAGAAACUUUGGAAGGAUCCAUUGACCUUCAACCCAGAGCGUUUCUUCGGUGCUGAAGGGACCAGAGUGAACAAAAUAGAUGUCGAGAAGGUGCUGGCUUUUGGCCUGGGUAAAAGGAAGUGCACUGGAGAACUCAUUGCCAGGUGGCAGAUCUUCCUUUUCCUGUCCAUCUUGCUCCAGCAGCUGGAGUUCAAUGUCUGUGAUGGCAAGAAGGUGGACAUGACACCUCUCUAUGGUCUGGUCCUGAAAUACAAAAGAUGUGAGCACUUCCAGGUCAAGCAGCGCUGGUACAUGAAGGGCAUCAGCUGA